ACAAAGUUGUUCAUUGCUGAUAACCGUACAACCUGAUGCACCACAGGUCACUCUGCACGUUGCUCCCAGAGGUGCUCCGCAUCUCUGUCUCUGUAUCGAAAACUCAGCAGUCCUCCAGGCGCUCUCCUUGCAUCCAGCCAUGUCUUUACUCCUCCUCACAGUUUUGUCUUCGCUUCUAGUGCAACAUGCGGAGGCGUGGGGCAACAAUGUCAAGUACGCGGUGAACUGUCCGGACAGAUGCAACGCGGAGCGGUGCGGCGGGACGCAGCGCUGCACACGGACCGUCCUGGAUGACUGCGGCUGUUGUCAGGUGUGUGCAGCCGGCAGAGGAGAGCACUGUUACCGCACCGUGUCGGGGAUGCACGGAGUGAAGUGCGGACCCGGAUUAUUCUGCGAGUUCUACAAGGAUGAGGACGAUUAUGGAGACGAGUAUGGCAUCUGCAAAGACUGCCUGUAUGGGACAUGGGGAGUUGAGUGCCGCAAGACAUGCAACUGUAAAGGUGGCAUAUGUGACAGGGAGACAGGAGCUUGUCUCACCCUCAAAUUCUUUGCCAAAAUUGCAAACAAGCUCAGGACCGAGCCACAAACAGGGGGAGAGUUGGGCUCCGGAGAGGUCAGCACUGCUCAAAGCACAGAUCAGCACACGGACAGAUCCGCAGCCCCGAAGAGGCUCAACCCUCGCUGACAAGUGCUGAGAGGAUGGAUUCUGUUCAGUGUGAAUGUAGCAUUAACUUAUAAAUGAACUGAAAGAUAUAUUUUAUUAUUUUAAACAAUGAUGUCAACUCCUUUUUUUUUUUUUUUUUUUACAGCAUUUAAAAGCUUUACCUGGUUUGUUUGCUCCUUGUUUGACACAUCAUCUUUUUCUAAUGGAAUAGGAAGAUGAAAUAUGUUAUUGGUUUAAAGGUUUUGCUCUGACUUUUAUUGUUUUUCAUUUGUUUCUGGAUUCAAUUAAUUCAAAUAAUCCCUUCAUCUGUACCCAUUAGCUGCAGCAGAUCCCUUUCUCUUCUCAUUAUUGUUGAAGACACCGCAAUAUUUCUCAUUGAUUUAUUGUAGUGAGUUUUCAACAAAUAUAUUUUGUUUGUACUGUAAAAAGCCGGCAUGUUGAAUAUCAUGUAUAUGACACCAGCCAAUGUAAAGAAUGCUCUUACAAUUAAACCAAAGUUACCACUGA